AUGAGAGAUGAGGAGGAUGAGAGGAUCGCCAGGAAACCCAGGACAGAACAGGUCAGACCUCAGAAGUUCGGGGUUUUGGGUGGUCGGAGGAGAAAGGCAGGCGGAGUCAGCUUUUCCAAGAAGCAGGAGAUCCAGAGUCUACGACAACAUGUCGCCUUAGAUCUGGACGAUUAUGCCUCGGAUGAAUCUAACGUGUCCUAG